AUUCUGAAUCAUUUUGACUGGACUUCACUUUCUCCGAACACUGGCUCAUCAAGUAUGAGGAAUCAUAGGGAUGCUGUUGAAAUUCUAAAAUAGGAAAGUGGAGAGCAAAUGCAAAGGGCUGCUGAAUUAAUGCAUUGGCAGAAGUUAUUAGAACAAACAUUAAAAACCAAAACAAUGUCAUGGCAGCAAUUACUUGAUUGGCUUGACAGAAUUCGCAUGCGCAGAACCACAAUUAAUGGGUUGGGCCUUCCACACAAGAAUUUCCACACAUUGGAUUACAACUUCGGAGUCUUCCGCCAGAAGAUUCAUAAAAAGAUGCCAAAAUAUCAUCAAUGUCAAAACCCUCCAUCCAGCAGUCAUCUUCAUAACUUCACUGGCGGCAAAGAUGACAGAGAUGCACUAGCCUAUGCAGGUUGUGUCCUCAGCAUCCCGGAGUAAAGCUCACAGGGAUAAGAUUCCUGCUUGAUGACAAUUCAGAAAACAUCUCUGAAAAGCUGGCAGUUAUAGAAUAAAUCUUGUUGAGCUGGAAGCAGAAAUGAAACAUGUUGUAUUAGAGUGGUUCUCUGCAGCUAUAAUUUCCCAAGUUGUGUGUUCCAUUUUUGGUGGUUUUGGACUUCACAAAUGCAACAUGUUGGUCUUGCAACUGUCCCAGAUUUUUUUCACUUAACACAUAAGCCAUAGGUUGGGUGUUCCAUGGGGUUGAUCUGUUGAUCAAGGUCUUAGUUUGGCUUACUUUGUUAAGUUUUUCCUGGAUUUCUCUAAUAAAAUCUGACUUAUCCGAAAAAGAAAUGAAGCUGGACGAUGAGAGUUUUGCUCACUUCUUUGAAAAACAUGUUUCAGGGUUUAGUUUCUCACUCAAGACUUCUGUUUUGAUCAUCCAACAUGCAAUACACAGAGUUGUGAAUACCGCAUUUUUGUUUAUAAUUUCUCUGAUAUUAAAUAGUUUGCUUAAUAUGGUAUUCAUUUGUUCA